UGUGGGAUUGCUAUUGGCCAAGAUGGCGGCCUCCUUGAGACUUGGUUUCCGACGAUUUGUUGUUAGAAAUAACCUCCGUUCAGUGGCAGCUCUUCAUUCUUCUGUACGAAGUUACGCUGCUCCUGAUAAAGUGACACAUACUGGCCAGCAAUGGGAUUCAAACGAUUACAGACUUGCUCGUUUUACAGACAGGCAAAAGGAGGUGAAUGAAAAGUUUGCAAUUGACCUAAUUGAUGAAGAACCACCAAAGGAAAUCCAUGGACGCCAUGUAUGGUGUGAUGGAGGGGGAGGGGCUCUUGGACACCCAAAGGUCUACAUUAACUUGGACCAAAAUGGACCUCAUGCUUGUGGUUAUUGUGGAUUAAGAUUUGUCAUGGCUGCUGAACAUCACUGAUGAAUGGACCAGUCUUUUUGAUGUUAUUGCAAAAUUAAAUGGAACAUUCACAAAUGAAAAUGUACAUAGCUUUUACCCUACUGUCUUGAUUUCUGACAUGAGCAUUGAAUUUGUCUUUUCUUCAGCCAGGUAGCAUACAUUUUCCAAGUACACAAUUUAAAGAGUGAAGGAUUGAAUUUUCUUUGAGGGUAUCAGUAAUAUUACUUAACCCCUUAACUGGCAUUACAGUCUUUUGUCAUAACAUCUAAGUCAGUGUAAACAUUUUGAAAUAAGUAAAUAAAUAAUAAUGAUCAGACCCUA